AGUUAUUAUAGGAUCGUUCAUGCCUCUGGAGGUAUGUUAUAGUUCACAAUUUGUGAGUUGACCGUGUGUGUUGUUGUUUUAUAAUUCGUAUUUGGUAUACCAUAACAGUGGUGCGGAGUGUGUUGAAAGUUCAUUGCGCAAAUUUUGGAGCUGGAGAAAGUGCUAAUGUGCGAGUUAUGACAAAGUUGAUAAUAUGUGCGUUUUGAUAUUAUCGCGUGCGGAUGGACCGAUUUAAGUGUCCCUGAGAGGUAUUCUUUAAAAAGUGCCAUGGACGUCGACGGAGGGGUGUCACCUGAUUCAGUAAUAGUGCACAAUGUAGGAGAACAGAGCGCCCAUCUGAGUGAUGUCGUGGAGGUGAUAUUGGCGGACGACCCGACGUUCGGAGAGGGCCGCCCCCCACCCGACACAGUCCAGUCGUCGGCGCCUCCGCCCGGCACCAUGCAAGCGCCGGCGCCCUACGUGUACAUUGUCGAGCAGCCCGCGGCCAAGGCUCUCAGGUUCCGUUAUGAGUGCGAGGGCCGGUCGGCGGGUUCUAUUCCCGGGGUGCACAGCACGCCCGAGAACAAGACCUACCCGACCAUCAAAGUAUCCGGCUACAAAGGCUGUAUGAUUAUCGUUGUGUCCUGCGUCACCAAAGAUGAACCAUACAAGCCGCACCCGCACAACCUGGUGGGUCGCGACUGUCAGAAGGGCGUGUGCACGGUGAAGGUGAAGACGGAGGGCGACGCGGACUCCUGCCAGGUGCAGUUCAAGAACCUCGGCAUACAGUGCGUCAAGCGGCGCGACAUCGCCGACGCGCUGCGCGUGCGCCAGGAGCUGCGCGUCAACCCCUUCAAGAAUAGUCACAGAAGUCAGCCGCAGAGCAUAGAUUUGAACGCGGUUCGACUCUGUUUCCAGGUGUUCCUCACCGACGACACAUACAAGGUACAAUGUGCGCUACAACCGAUCGUGUCGGACGUGGUGUACGACAAGAAGGCGAUGUCGGAUCUGCUGAUCGUGCGCUCGUCGCAUUGUUCCGGACCAGUCCGUGGCGGUACCACAGUCAUACUAUUAUGUGAGAAGGUGACCCGCGAGGACACGGAGAUCUGGUUCUUCCUGGACGACUGGGUGGAGAAGGUCCCGCCGGAGUUCGUCCACAAGCAGCUCGCCGUCGUGUUCAAGACGCCGCCUUACCGCGACCAGACCAUACCGCAACCCGUCACGGUUCAGUUCCAGCUGCAUCGAGUCUCCGACCACGCCAAGAGCAACGUGUACAGCUUCGAGUACAUCCCCCAGGGACAAGGUACCAGGAAACCCCUCCCCGACCUCGCCGCCCUCGCGGCCCUCCUCCCCUCCCCGCCCUCCCCGUCCUCCCCCGACCCCAACAACGACGCGCUCGUGUCUUCCACCGGCGACCCGCCCGGCGCCGACGACUCCGCCUCGGAAACGAUGCAAGUGAACGGCCUCGACGUCGAGGAGCCCGACUCCAACGAGCGGAGCCUCGACGAGCUGCUGGAUCAGGUCGCCGAGCUCGACGAGAUAUACACGGAGAACCGGACCCGCCUGCAGAACGCCGCCGCCGCCCGGGACGAGGAGAGCGAGGACUUCGACGACGCCGGCACCUACACGAGCCUCCAGCUCGCCUUCCGGAACCCGGUGCCGAUAGCCGAGCCGGAGCCGGAGCCGGUCGAGGAGGCGCUCCGGUGCCGCGGCCCGAUCGUCGAGUUCGCGCCGCUCAAGAGGGACACGGAGGAGGCGCCCCCGCUGCCCCCGAAGAGGGUCCGCCGGGUGUCGGGCGCCGACCAGCUGCGCGGCAGCCGCACGUCCGUGGACAGCGUGCCGCGCCCCGGCCGCGCCCUGCCGCUGGCCCGAGAGGGCGACGGGCCGCUCGCCGGGGCCCGCAGCGAGCCCGCGUUGCCCCCGGUCAAGAAGAGGUCCUUCUUCUCGCGGCUGUUCCGCCGGCGGGAGAAGUCGCCCGCGCCCAGCGUCAAGUCGGAGGGCCGCAAGGAGAAGCGGACCAAGCCGGUCGGGCGGUCGGUGAGCAGCGCGUCCGGGCAGCGGCCGCCGCGGUUCCGGACGUCCGCGUCGCAGAGCUCGCUGAAGGCGGGCGGCUCGCAGGCGGGCCUCGGCUACGCGGACAGCAUCACGCACAUCUCGCUGCACGCGGACGACGAGCGCUGCGCCUCGCAGCCGUGCCUGCAGCCGCGCGCGCAGCCUCGCCCGCAGCCGUGCCCGCAGGUGCCGGACGGCGCCAUCCUGGUGGCGGAGAGCGUGCUGGCGCUGGACCCGAGCGCGUUCCGCAAGCUGCAGGACGACCUGGAGCUGACGGAGGCGGAGCACUACGCGCUGUACAUGGCGGUGGCGCCGCACGCGACCGCCUCCGAGUUCGACGAGACCAGCUGCUACUACUCGCCCGUGGACGCCUCCAAAUUCCACAAUUAACGAUCCGACCGGCCGGAUCUCCCGAAAUAUGCGUCCGACGCGAUCGAGACCUGGGGUCUCGGUCGAUGGGGUCGAAACUGCAGAGGAACGGUCCCGCCGAUGGAUACCCGCGCCGACGAAUACGACGGCGAAGAGCCGUUUGAAUGCUCCGAAGACGCAUUCGUUGCGCUGAUAUUAAAAACUACGUCCCAUAUCAGAGAUCGGUCCGGGCUUGAAUUUUGUGGUUCUUUAUUAUUCGCGUGAUGAUUCUUUGAUUUAUUUUCGAAACAAAAUAUUGCAACGAUUCGAUUAUUGUUCACUCGCCUCGUCGGGUUACUUAAAUGUUCCCUUCCCGUGCUGAUAAUUAUGGUUAGUGUAUUGCAGAAUUUAGCAUUCUCCGGUAACAUAAUAUGCUGUUGUGGAUGCAAAAAUAUUGCUAGAUAUACGCACUAAAAUGAGGUUUGCAGUACAUUUAUUUUGAAACUAUAACAGAAUUAUAAAGAUUUAACAUUGUAAGUUAAUUCUGUUAAAUUCUGUUGUUACUUGAAAAAAAAAAAUGGCGACAGAGGCAACUAUUUUCGUAUUAGCGUUAAAAUUUUCACCAAACAUAGUGGACAUCUCCAUGACAUACAAAAUAAAAUCGCGCAUUUAAUAACUUAAGUAUACAAAUGUUUUUAUUAGUUACUUAAUAUGACUACGGACAGAAGAUUAUUGCAAAUUUACGUUAAUAAAUAAAAAAUGGCUCUCCUAUUAGAACCGAGAGUGCAUAAACCAUUAAUGAAGAUGGAAAAUAGAAGAUUGAAAAUACAAGAGGCUAAAAGAAGAAGACCCU